AUGUUGUCUCAAAAGGCCACCCUGAAGGAUCUGCCCGAGAGCCAGAUCAAGGGCAAGAGAGUCCUCAUGCGUGUGGACUUCAAUGUCCCUGUUAAGGACGGUAAGGUCGCUGAUAAGACCCGUAUUGUUGCUACCAUACCUACCAUUAAGAAGGUCUUCGAGAUGGGUGCCAAUAGCAUCGUUCUUAUGAGCCAUUUAGGCAGGCCUGAGGGCAACAAGGUUGAGAAGUUCUCCUUGAAGCCUGUCGUGCCCGUCCUUACCGAGCUCGUUGGCCAUGAGGUUACCUUUGUCGAGGACUGCGUUGGUGAUGUCGCCAUUGAGGCUUGUGCCUCUCCUGCCCCCGGCAGCAUCAUCCUCCUCGAGAACCUCCGCUUCCACGUUGAGGAGGAGGGCAAGGGUGUGGUCGAUGGUCAGAAGGUGAAGGCCUCCCCCGAGGCUGUUGCUGCCUUCAGGGCCGACCUCACCAAGCUUGGUGAUAUCUUCAUCAACGAUGCCUUUGGUACCGCCCAUCGUGCCCAUUCUUCUAUGGUCGGCGUCGAGCUCCCUAUCCGUGCUGCUGGCCUCUUGCUAGCCAAGGAACUUCAGUACUUUGGCAAGGCUCUUGAGAACCCUGAGCGCCCCGUGUUGAGUGUAUUAGGUGGCGCUAAGGUUAAGGAUAAGAUCCAACUUAUCAACAACAUGCUUGACAAGGUCGACAUGAUGAUCAUCGGUGGUGGUAUGGCUUAUACCUUCAUCAAGACCCUCUACAAUACCCCUAUUGGCAACUCCCUCUUCGAUGAGGAAGGUAGCAAGAUCGUACCUGACCUUAUGAAGAAGGCCAAGGAUAAGGGUGUUGAGAUCCUCCUACCCACUGACUGGGUUUGCGCUGAUGACUUUGACAACAACGCUAACACCAAGAUCUGCACUAUGGAGACUGGUAUCCCUGAUGGUUGGGAGGGCCUUGAUGUUGGUCCGGAGUCGACUAAGCGUAACCUUGAGUUGUUGAAGAAGGCCAAGACCAUCAUCUGGAACGGCCCUCAGGGUGUAUUCGAGUUCCCUAACUUCGCCAAGGGAUCCUUCGCUCUCCUUGAUGGUGUUGUUGCCGCUACUAAGGCUGGUGCUACCUCCAUCAUUGGUGGUGGUGAUACUGCUGCUAUGGUUGAGCAACAGGGCAAGGCUGGUGAUAUCUCUCAUGUCAGCACUGGUGGUGGGGCCUCCUUAGAGCUCCUCGAGGGCAAGCAGCUCCCUGGUGUUGUGGCUCUUACUGAUAAGAAUCAGCUCUAAGUGGGAGUCUUAAUGUAGUAGCUGUUGUUACUCAGCUUACUAUUGUU